GUUCAAACCACUAUACGUCGGUAAUCAUACGUCUGCUCUCAUUUCAUCAAGUUGGUCUUUUUUUUACUCAUUUAUGCUACGUACUUUUGUAUCCAGUAUUGUUUCAAACAAGUCAUUUACACAAUUGACUUUGAUACUAAUAUUAAAUCACACUGCCAACUAAUCUCAGCGCAUAUUUUUGUAUAAAUUAGUAAAUUAUACUGUACACAAAAUUGUACGUGUUUGUGAAUGAGUGUAAUUGGAAAAUUACGCUGCAAUAUAAGGAGUUUUGAAAAACAAAAAAUUGUGGAAAACCGUAUUCAAACGCGAAUUUUCGAAAGACGCAAAGUAACGACCAACAGAGCAAUCGACAGCAUGAUCGAGCACAAUUUUCCACCUUUGAGAAACGAUCGCGUGCUCAAAGCUGCGCGCGGGGAACCGGUUGACAGGGUGCCGGUUUGGGUGAUGAGACAAGCGGGAAGAUACCUUCCCGAAUUUCAGCAGGUCCGUGCUCAGCAUGACUUUUUCACCGUUUGCCAAACCCCGGAACUGGCGUGCCAAGUGACCUUGCAGCCGAUAGAACGUUUCGAUCUGGACGCCAGUAUAAUAUUCUCGGAUAUCUUAGUUAUCCCUCAGGCAAUGGGCCUGAAGGUUGAGAUGGUAGCAGGGGUGGGUCCAGUUUUGCCACAGCCUUUGGCUAAUCCUAAUGAUUUGGCGAGGCUUGUGCGACCAAAUGUGGAGGAAGCUCUGAAGUAUGUUGGGGAUGCUAUAACUUUGACUCGACACAAACUGGAUGGAAAAGUACCACUAAUAGGAUUCACUGGAGCACCUUGGACUCUGAUGGGUUAUAUGAUUCAAGGAGGAGGUAGCUCCACAAUGGCAAAAGCUAGAUCUUGGCUGUACAAGUAUCCAGAAGAUUCUCAUAAAUUAUUACAGAUGAUCACUGAUGUUAUUGUGGACUAUUUGGUGAUGCAAGUGCAGGCUGGUGCUCAGUUACUUCAAGUAUUUGAAAGCAAUGGGGAUUAUUUAGAUGAUGCGUUGUUCACAAAUUAUUCCUUCAAAUAUCUGAAACAAAUCAGUGAACGUGUGCGAAAACAAUUGAAGGAAGCAAAUAUUCCAGAAGUUCCUAUGAUUGCUUUUCCAAAAGGUGCAACUAUGAAUUCCUUAAAAAUCCUUGCAAAGGAUCAAAGUUAUGAAGUCAUAGGUCUCGAUUGGACUGUUGAUCCUGCCGAAGCGAGGAAGCAACUUGGACCUAAUGUCACGUUGCAGGGUAACAUGGAUCCUUGCGCAAUGUACUCUUCUCAGGACGAGAUUGUGACUCGCGCACAAAAAAUGGUGUUGAAUUUUGGUAAGAAUCGAUACAUCGCUAAUUUGGGACACGGUAUUUUACCGGACACUCCUAUUUCGUCGAUGGAGUCUUUCAUUAAAGGUGUGCAUUCAGCAUAAAUUUUAUAUACCGUACGAUGAGCGUAUUACAUACAUUUAUUAUACACUUCCAGUUAUUGUUAUUA